AUGGCAUCCGACACCACACCCACCACCCGCUCGUCCCCCAGCACGCCCGCCUCUUCGCCCCCGCCCUCCACCUCCGUCUCCAAAACUAUGCUCGCCGAAGAAGAACAAAUGCGCCAGUCGAACGAGAAGUCCGAACUAGCGCGCUCCUCCAAGCUCGAAGAAGCCCGCAAAGCCGACCUCGCAGGCGGCGAGGAGGUUGUGGACAAGAAGUUCAAGGCGCUCGAGUACCUGCUGAGCCAGAGCAAGCUGUAUAGCACAAUCAUGCUGAGUCAGAUGCAGCGGCAGGAACGGGAGGAAGAGGAAAGGGACGAGAAGGGGAGGAAGAGGGCGCGAAGAAGGGAGGAGGUGGCAGAGAGGGUGGCUGAGGAGGGGCAGCGGAGGGCUACGAGGGCGCAGCAGGGGGUCGUUAAAGAGGAGCUGGCGGUGGUGCCGAAAGACGAGGAUGGGGAGGAGAGCAACAAGGUGUUGCCGAAGCGGGGGAGGGGAAGGCCUAAGAAAGGCGAGAGUGCCAACGCGAAGAUAUCCGACUUUAUGAAGAAGGAAGAUUUGGAAGCUAAGGCGGGGAAGGCGAGCGUGGAGGACGCCCUGGCGGAAGAGGCGGACGGUGUUAAGGCCAGUGAUAUCGGCAUACAGAACCUGAGCUCCGCGCGGCAGCCAAGUCUUGUGACGGGCGGUACUAUGCGGUCGUAUCAGCUUGAGGGGCUGGAGUGGCUGACCUCGCUGUACGAGAAUGGUCUUAAUGGCAUUUUGGCUGAUGAGAUGGGCUUGGGCAAGACUAUCCAGACGAUUUCGUUCAUAGCGUUCUUGAAAGAGAAGGGCUCCCAUGGACCGUUCCUGAUUGCUGCACCGCUCAGUACUACGAGUAAUUGGGUAGAGGAGUUCCGCAAGUGGACGCCGAAGAUCCCCGUUGUGCUUUACCAUGGCAGCAAGCAAGAGCGGGAGGAGAUCAGGCGGAAAAGACUCAAGCGGCCGGGCACUGAGGAUUUCCCCGUAGUGGUGACCAGCUAUGAAAUCUGCAUGAACGAUCGCAAAUUUCUCGCAGGCUUCGGAUGGAAGUUUAUCAUAAUUGACGAGGGCCACCGCAUCAAGAACCUCAACUGCCGUCUGAUCCGCGAGCUGCAGUCGUAUCAGUCCGCGAACCGUCUGCUCAUCACUGGCACACCUCUCCAAAACAACCUCACCGAGCUGUGGUCACUACUGCACUUCCUCAUGCCGACCAUCUUCGACAAGCUCGAAGCCUUCGAAAGCUGGUUCGACUUCUCCGCGCUCAAAGACCGAAGCACUUACACCGAGGUGCUGAACGAAGAACGCAAGCAGAAGCUGGUAUCGAGCCUCCACGCCAUCCUCAAACCCUUUCUCCUCCGGCGAGUAAAGGCCGAUGUGGAGAAGCUGAUGCCGCGGAAGCGCGAAUACGUCCUCUUUGCCCCCUUGACUCCCAUGCAGCGCGAACUCUAUCAAGCUAUUCUCGACGGAACUAGCCGGACCUAUCUCGAGGAGAUGGCGGUCGAGCAUCUCAGCAGCGGUGCCGCAACACCCAGAAGCUCUCGCAGCACUGUCAGCCUGAAGCGGAAAGCUUUAGAUCACAGCAGGGCCAACACGCCGAACAAGAGCGUCAAAUCCAGUCGAGAAGCCACGCCCGCAACCAGCGUCCGAGGGCGAAGACGAAACGUGAAGAAAAGCUACGAAGAAGUAAGCGACGCUGAGUACUUCAAGCAACUCGAAGCCUCAAACUCCUCAAACAACACGCCCAGCCUCUCUGAGCAGGACUCCUCGGAGGAAGACCAAGUCCUUGCCACCACCCUCGCCAUCGCGAAACGUCAAAUCGCUGGCAAGAAGCUUCAGAACCCCAUCAUGCAACUACGUCUUUGCUGCGACAGUCCCCACAACUUCUUCAACCCUUUCGAAGUAACCGCCGCAUCCUUGGGCGCUGCGUCUGUGACUCCAGACGAGACCCUCGUCACGUCCUCCGGCAAGAUGAUGCUACUCGACGCGCUCCUCCUAGAGCUGCUGGACAAAGGGCACAAAGUCCUCAUCUUCAGCCAGUUCAAGACCCAGCUCGACCUCCUCGCUCUCUACGCCACAGAGCUACGCGGCUGGCCUGUCUGCCGCAUCGACGGCUCGGUGCCGCAGGCGGAGCGGCAGGAGCAGAUCCAUGCGUUCAACACUCCCACCACCAGCAAGAAUAAGAAGGAUGCGGUAAAUUUGUUCUUGCUGUCCACGCGUGCGGGAGGCCAAGGGAUCAAUCUUGCGGCCGCAGACACCGUCAUCCUCUUCGACAGCGACUGGAACCCACAGCAGGACCUCCAGGCCCAGGACCGUGCCCACCGCAUCGGCCAGACGCGGAACGUGAUCGUGUAUCGCUUCGCGACUAGGAACACGGUCGAGGAGACGCUUCUCGCAUCCGCGGAAGGCAAGCGCCGGCUCGAGAAACUCGUCAUCAGGAAGGGCGGGUUGACGGGUGGGGACGGUAGGGGCCAGAAGGGCAGGGACGAGAAGGAGGAGCUGGAGGAGUUGAGGAAAAUGCUGAGGAGGGAGGAUGGUGAGAGAUUUGAUGUUGAGAAUGCGAUGGCGGGGGGUGGUGAGCUGCUUAGUAGGCGGGAUUUGGAGAUCCUGACGGAUAGGAGCGAUGAGGCGUAUGUGAGGGCGGAGAAGGGAUUGGAUGAGGGUGGGGCGGUUUUCAGGGCUGUGGAGACGAAGGGUGGCCGACAGGGUGCUGAGCUGCUGGAUGGCUUGAAGGCUUGA